GUAGUUACAGCGUAACAAACUUACAGUUACAAAAUGUACGGUCAGUAUGCAUCUAAAAACCAAAUCAAUCUUCAACCGUUAGAUCUUGACGAGAUGAUAACAGACUCCGUUUCGUCAAAACAGACUCCAUUUCGUUCCAAAUUGAAGCGCCUAAAAAACUCCACAGAGUGACUGAGAGCGAGAGAUCAGUCUUCUUCGUCGUCUUCGAUCGGUGAUGAAACCUCAAAAACCCUAGCUUUCACACCAAUCGAUCAAAACGAAACGAUGCCGCCGCUUCCGAUAAUCGAAACCUGCCGCAAGCGAAAGAGGAGGCCGAGCGUGUACAGUCUCCAGCGAUUGGGAGAAGAAGAGUUCCCGAUCAGCCGGAGCGGGAGCUUCCGAGACAACGUCAGGGUUUUUCUCCGGGAGUUCGCGGAGGUCGAGGAGUACAACGUCCGCGGAUCGCCUGUUUGGUGCACGCUUCUGAAUCACGAGGCGAAGAGCUCAGUGAUUCCUCUCUACGUCAUCGAAGAAGACGUCGUUCGAUCCUCCGAACCCUACUGUGAUCACUGCAGGUGCACAGGAUGGAGCAAUCACUUUGUGUCAAAGCGAAAGUAUCAUUUUAUAAUACCGGUUGAGAGCGAGUGGAGUAUGCCUCUAGAAGAUGAUGUAUUCGAUCUGCAAACGCAUCUUCUACAUGGAGUGAUUCACACUAACGGGUUUGGUCAUUUGAUCUGCGUCAAUGGCUUGGAGGGAGGAUCGAGGUACUUGUGCGGGAGAGAGACGGUUGAUCUUUGGGAUCGAAUUUGCACUAGCCUCGGAGCAAGGAUGGUAACUGUUGAGGAUUCGUGUAAGAAGAGGUCUUUGGAUCUUCGGUUGCUGUACGGUGUGGCGUAUGGACACUCGUGGUUUGGGAGAUGGGGAUACAAGUUCUGUCGUGGGAGUUACGGUGUGACGAAGAACGAUUACGAGAAUGCUAUAGAGCUUCUUGGCUCCCUUGAGCUUGAUCAGAUUGAGAUUGAUUUUGGUGAGCAUAAACAGUGCAAAAGGAUCAAGCAGGUUUUCCGGUACUACAGAGAGAUGAGUGAAGGGCACUUGAAGACGUUGAAAGAUCUCUUGCGGUUCAUCCUUAUCAUCAAGUCCCACGCUCCUCAAAAGAACAAGCUUCACGCUGCUCCUGCUCCUCCUUCUCUCUCAACUGAUUCUCCUCAUAAGAAACUAUCAAACAGGUCGUUUAUGAAGAAAAGCGAUGCCGUGGAGAACGAGAAGUCUCAGGGAUACAGGAGUUACAGCACCGUGGCAGCUAAUUUGGGAAGUAGAUGGCCUGUGAGGAGACUGGAGUAUGCUGCUGGAGUCAUUGUGGAGGCACUAAAAGAGAUGAAAGCACGGAAGCAGAGUGGUAUGACUCGGCAAGAUGUUAGGGAUACAGCUAGAUUGCAUAUCGGAGAUACGGGUCUGCUAGACUACGUGUUGAAGUCGAUGAACAAUGUGACUGUUGGGAAUGUUUUGGUUCAACGUUAUGUGGAUCCUCUUACAAGGAUUCUUCACUACACCAUACAGGAGCUUGGUGAAUGUAGUGAAGUGGUGGAACAGAAGAAAGAUCCUGUUAUUGAGGCGGUUCCUUUGAGGGUUGUCUCUGAAUCAAAAGCUGGAGGUAAUGUUCAUGGAGAUCAUCUGUUGUUACUAUACACAAAUGUGCUGUUGAACUACCCAAGCUCCGAGUCAGUGAGAGCUGCAGUUCAAGUAGUCCUAGACAGCAAACAUUUCAUAAAGGAGUGGCCUUUAUGGGACAGCGAUGACAAAAUGUUCCAAUUUGUUUGUCGUAUCAAUCCAAGUUUGAUUGAUAUGAGAACAGAACAGAUCACAGAGCUGCCUCCAGGUGAACUAGUCACAGUCUCGUUACAAGCCACAGUCUUUGAUCUAAAGCAAGCCAUUGAAGAGACUUUCAGAGAUACUUACUGCAUCUUGACAAACUUUGUGGUGAGCGAGAUCGAUGAGCUGAAGGAAGAUGAGGAUAGCGACUUGCUGUUUGGGAAACUCGAGUCUUGCUCUGCUUUGACUGUGAGAGGAUAUGGGAUUGAUUUGGAAUCGGAUCUGAAGUUUCAAGGUGGAUGUGACACAUGGAUGGUGAAAUGUGUUUGCAGAGCUAGAGAUGACGAUGGAGAGAGGAUGAUCUCGUGUGACGUAUGUGAGGUUUGGCAGCACACAAGAUGCUGUGGAAUAGAUGAUUCAGAUACUUUGCCUCCACUUUAUGUGUGUUCGAGUUGUUGUGAUGAAUUUGCAGAUCAACAGAAGAGAGUUUUGCUGCCCAAGUACGAGUUUCCGAAUCCAGAUCAGAUGCUGAUGAUUGGAGCAGCGGAUGAUUACUUCGGCGAAGAUGAGGGAUGUCUUGGAAUGAUAAUGUUUCCUUCAGAUAGUUUCGCUAGUGAGCAAUACAUUUUGUAAACCAUUUUUUUUGGAGCCAAACCAAAACACUGAUGAUUUUUUGUUUGUAGAUAAAUCAUUCUUUUGUAAAUUGUAAUGAAACCAAAAAGGGGAAAAAAACUGUAUAGACAUUUUUGUAUUAACGAAGCAAAAUGCUUUGUCACAAUUUGGUCUCUGGUUUUCCUAAACUUGUUUAGACUUCUAACCCAAAUGGAGUUCGGAUU